CGUUCAUCAAACGCUGGCAGCAACGGUUUUGGUUUAGGUAACCAGCUGCGUUCGGAUUCAAGUUUGUGUUCCUUCUGCUGCGGGGCACCUGGGCGCGGAGUGCCGUACAACGUGCCGUAUGCGCUGUUGACUAAGCGAAGCCUGGCUUUCAUAUGUCGCCGUUACCUCGGCAUCUCUUUUUCACCAAGUUUCCUGAAAGUAGAAGUUGAGUCCGUGUCUGCAUCUUGACGGGUGGGCCGAAACGACCCGUCUAAUCCCUCUCAGACACUCCAAGCCACUGACACAAUUAGCUUCCCGGUUUAUUACGGUACGAGCUUGUAUCUUGGUACUUUCGUAAAACAGGCGAGCGUCACCAAGACACCGGCGUCUGACAUGCCAUCACGUCGCGAAAGAUCGGAGCUGGCAGAAAGCAUGCAUGCAGACCGAAAUCGGAUCAACACACAUGCAAAAUACUACGCAAAUCGAUGGGGCUCUAGCAGCAAUCAUUUCAGGUCGAGGACCAGGGGACUCUUUCCUGGAUAAGAUGAUUCAGCAGGUACUCGUGGUGUCCAGGAAGGGUCAAUAUCAACCACCUUCGGAUACAUUUGUCGCCCAGGUCCGUAGAAUUCAAUACCAUGGCUUUGGAAUCCAGCACUGAGACAGUUCUUUUUCCGUCAUCUACCCCUUCCAUUGUUCAUGGGCCAGCCGACGUUCCUUUGCUCGACUUUACGCUUGGAGAGCUGCUUGACUUUCAGUGUACAAAGUAUGGCUCGAAUGAGUGCUUGGUGGUGCCCUGGACCGGAGCAAGAUGGACCUACGAGCACCUAAGACAGGAGAGUCUCUGGUUGGCAAAAGCACUGGCCGCCCGUGGGAUUCGUCCAGGUGAUCGGAUAGGUAUCAUGGCUGGGAAUUGUGAGCAUUACGUGUCAGUCUUCUUUGCCUGCAUGCGCAUCGGUUGCAUUCUGGUCAUCUUGAACAACACGUACACUCCGUCGGAAGCUCGAUAUGCUCUUGAUUUCACAGAAUGCAGAAUGCUAUUCACCACUCCCAGGAUCGGUUUCCAUGACAAUCGGCGGCUCUUGCAGAAUCUCAAAGAAUCACCCGGGUCUUUGGAGGAGAUUGUUAUCCUCAGAGGAUACCCGGGCUCUUUCACGUCGUACAUGAGCCUCAUCGAGAACGGCACUACAUUGUCAACUGAGUUAUUGGAUCAGUUCUCUCAACAGUUCAGCGCCCAUGACGUUUGCAACCUUCAAUUCACCAGCGGGACCACAGGGAAUCCCAAAGCCGCAAUGUUGACGCAUUACUCUCUCGUCAACAACAGUCGCUUUAUAGGUGACCGUAUGGCACUUACCGAAGAGGAUGUGCUGUGCUGUCCACCACCCUUGUUCCAUUGCUUUGGCCUCGUCCUCGGUCUUCUUGCAAUCAUAACACAUGGUGGUAAAGUGGUGUACCCAAGUGAGACAUUCGAUGCAGCUGCGUGCCUGAAGGCAGUAUCCGAGGAACAAUGUACCGGACUUCACGGAGUCCCGGCAAUGUUUGAUUCCAUAUUCAGCCUCCCACGACCAGAAGACUUUGAUUGCUACCGUCUGAGGACAGGGAUCAUCGCAGGCGCACCGGUUCCAAAACAUCUCAUGGAGCUUCUCUUCAACGAGCUUGGAAUGACUGAGUUCACAAGUAGCUACGGUUUGACAGAGGCCUCUCCUACUUGUUUCAAUGCAUUUCAUGAUGAUCCAAUUGAGCUGAAGCUCGCCACCGUUGGGCAUGUCAUGCCACAUGCUCAUGCGAAGAUUGUCGACCGCCAUGGAAAGAUCGUCCCGAUCGGAGAGCGCGGUGAGCUAUGCAUUGCCGGCUAUCAGUUACAACGUGGGUAUUGGAAGAACCCUGAGAAAACCUCGGAAGUUAUGAUCCGCGACCAGGAUGGAGUGCUAUGGUUGCACACUGGAGAUGAAGCUGUUUUCCACGAAAAUGGCACUUGUACGAUCACAGGACGGUUCAAGGACAUUAUCAUUAGAGGAGGUGAAAACAUAUAUCCUUUGGAAAUAGAAGAGAGGCUGGUUGCGCAUGAGGCAAUUGACAGAGCUAUAGUGGUGGGCAUCAAACAUAGCAGAUUCGGAGAAGUCGUGGGUGCAUUCCUUCAGCGAGCACAGAACGCCACCGGGAGGUAUGCUCAUCUGAGUGAUGAAGGCGUCCGUGACUGGGUCAGAAUGAAGCUCGGAAGGCAUAAAGCUCCUGCAUAUGUCUUCUGGUUGGGAGAAGAUGGCAUUCCUGCCACAGUACCAUUGACCGGCAGCGGGAAAGUGAGGAAGUUUGAGCUUGCACGAUUGGCAGAGCAACUCGUCUCCAAGGACAGGGCGAAGCUGUAGACCCGGUAAGAUACAUUGAAUAAAUGCAGUUGCACUUCGGUCUUCAUAGCUUGAUCGAGAAGGGUUGUCGACAUUUGCCUGUUUGAUCAACAUGCGCAAGCCAACUCAGGGGCAAUUAUCAUUUACCUCGAUACCACUAAUGCAAUGAUUUUCACUUGAAAUUCCAAG